AUGAUUUCUCGCCAGCACUACGUCGGGGUGCAUUUGUGCUGCUGCUUUUGCUCUACUUUGUACAGCAAGUCCCCGCGCCGGCAUCCCCAUGUCCUCUGCCGCCACUUCAAGUUUCGGGCCAACUCUUACUUGGUCGGCGUCAACAUCUGUGCCCAAUGCCGGCCCUGGCACAACAACCCCUCUAGGGCCAAUGACGCACUUCUAAUUGAAUCUCCUUCUCAUCCUCAGGAUGCGGCUCUAGAUGGGCUCCUUCGGUCUGGCAGCCUCGAGGUACCACAGCAGAUCAAACAGAGCUUACUCCAUACUACCAACCACCAUCGGCAUCUCCCACUUGUCGACAUGGACCUGGCUGGCCAAACAGACGACAUUACCUUGCUUCAGGGCUGUUACUUGGAAGCUCAGCGCUCUGAUGAUAUAUCAUUAAAGUUAGAAGGCCUCCGCCUUGAGUUGAAUGAGCCAUCCGAUUCUUACUUGGCUCUUACCGUAUCUGAGAUAUGUAUUAGUGCCCGUCGUCUGAGGCAUCUAGCUGAUGUAGCCCAAGUACACCGGGAUCGGGUCGAAUUCGUCCUAAAUUCCCUUAGCAUCGUACUGCCCUGCUUGAGUAGGUCCUUGAGAGAUAUCCAGGCUUGUUAUGAUGAUCGUUCCCGCUCAAGACAAAACCGUUGGAGACACAUGUACCACUCUUUGACAAUGGAGGCUGGAGGUCGUCCCCUGCACUGCAGAUUUGACAUGUACAACAAAUACAUCUCGCUUUGCCGGGACAUUCUUAUCCGUGCUUCCAACUUCGACUAUGCAUUGAUGGAGAGCCUUCGUCGCCACAUCAUCCGUUUGCGUGAAGCCAGAGGAUUUGGCCCACCAUCCCUGGUCCAAGCAGGUCCACUUGUUCGCCAUUCAGGCCAUGUAUACGAGAUGGAUCCGAUACCGCAUUGGGCUGAGCAAAUCUUUGCUAUCCCUCCACCAACUAGGACGCCUCUCAAAAAUGUUGGCCAAACUUUGUCAUUCGGACCACACCGGGAGAUGGGUACUCACAAUAUCCCUAUGCAUUCAAAGGUUCUUUUCAGACUGUCCUUUGAUCGAGACAAGAUUUCAUUGAUUGUCUUCAAAAGUUCUCGAGAUAACUGUGCGUAUCUUCUGCUUCGAGUUUUAAGGGAUGAUAAGGCCUGGUAUGCUCUUCGCGGAGCCCACGAACUGUGCAUUGAGCGGGAAGGCAGCUCGCUGCACUUGCGAAGGUGGAGCAAGAACGAAAACUGCUCCAAGCUAUGGGCUACGUUGUUCUUCAGAACAUGGGAAGAGCUGGUCCUGGUGUAUUGCACAUUCAUCUCUCUCAAAGCCCGCAACAACCUAACUCUGCAAUUUCGCUCACAUGAGCUCGACUUCAGCGAAGAACGGAAGCUUUUCCAGGCGUGCAUAUGGGAUGACGGCUUCAAUCACUCAUUGAUCGUAUACAAAGAUGUUGCUACCGGUGGUCUGCGCCUUCACGCUGCAGUUUGGGAAGGGGAACUGCGUCAAUGCCCGGUCUGGACAGCAUUCGUGACGCGGCAGGCUGCGAACCCGACGUGGCUGAAACGUGUGUCCCAACAUAAAGUGCGCCUUUCAGACAUCCAGCUGUACGUUUUUUGCCAGCAGUACCGAGAACGGAAUCAGCGGAGGGGUUACAAUGCUUUUCAAAUCGACUUUGUCAGCGAUGAUGCAGCUGCCCACUUUAUAAAUGUGUUUUACCGACCAUUUUAA